AUGACUCUCCUUACCCAUCAAGCGUCAACGUCAACUUACCAGGCCAAAUGCCUCGUGGCAGCUGGUAUUGAGGCUCGUAUCCUCGUACCAACUGAUGCCGAAUAUAAAGCUCGUCAAGAGUCCUACUGGUCCAACAGCGCCAAGGUCGAGCCCGCUUGCAUCGUCCAGCCUCGAACCCCCAAGGAAGUUGCUGCUGUCGUCAAGACUCUUGUGGCUGCUGGUCAGAAGUUCGCUAUUCGCAGCGGCGGCCAUACAAACUGGGCUGGCUCUAACAACAUCGAGGGAGGAGUCACUGUUGAUCUUGUUCACUUGAACCAUGUCUCUUUUGACGCCUCCAAUGAGACAGUCGAUAUUGGUCCAGGUUGUAAAUGGCGAGAUGUUUACUCUCAAUUGAGCAAGCAUGGCCGUGCUGUCGCCGGAGGCCGUGAAGGCAACGUUGGUGUUGCCGGUCUACUCUUAGGAGGCGGCAAUGCCUUCUUCACAGCACGACAAGGUUUUGGAUGUGACAACGUUGUGUCAUAUCAACUCGUUCUCGCCAGUGGUGAGAUCGUCACUGCGGACGAGAACACCAAAACGGACUUAUUCCGAGUUCUCAAAGGCGGCUCUAACAACUUUGGCAUCGUGACAAACUUCACCAUGAAAGCUAUCAAAGUUGACCGUGUAUGGGGUGGCAUGACACUCUUCCCCAAACAAGUCAUUCCUCAGGCUAUUGAUGCUCUCUUCGAGUUCACAGAUAAUGUGCCCAAUGACAUCCAUAGCAACCUCGUUACUAUUAUUGGUCAUAUGCCCGAGCUCAAAGACAUCGGUAUCGCCACUCUGUAUGCUAAUAUGGAGGGUAUUGAGAAGCCUGCAGCAUAUGAGAAGUGGCUCGCUCUGCCUGAGAUUACUAAUAGUGUCAAGAACACUACUAUCUCCGCAAUGGCCUUUGAGUACAAUAUCCCUGCUAACUACUAUGAUACUUGGUUUACAUGCUGUUUCAAAAAUGAUACCCGAAUCCUCACCAAAGCCUCAGACUUACACGACAAACUCGUCGAGGAAUUGAAAGAGUUUAUCCCUGAUGGAAAUUUCGUUACUCAAUGUUUAUUCCAACCACUGCCUGCUCUCUUCGGUCAGCGCUGCGUCGAAGCUGGUGGUAAUGUGAUGGGUGUCGAGCGCCAGAAGGACAACAGCAUAUUGUUCCUUGCUGUCGCAAUGGUCAAGACCGCCGAACAAGAAGCCUUUGCAAGGCCAAAGGUGCAGGCUUGGAUCCAGGAAGUGCAAGACUUUGCAGCGACUAUCGAGGGAGGAAACCUUGAGUGGACGUAUCUUAACUAUGCGGACAAGAGCCAGGAUCCCCUUGGCAGUUAUGGGGCGGAGAAUAUUAGGAAAAUGGAGGAAGCGGCGACUAAGUAUGAUCCUGAUCAGGUUUUUCAAAAGCUGGUCCCUGGAGGUUUCAAGAUUUCUGAUGUGAAAGAUAAAUGA